UGGGCGUGCAGCCUCCCCUUACUUAAUCUCUGUCUUCCUGAAGGGAUCAUUACUGAGGGUCUUGUGUCUAUAGCGCAUCAACAGCAUCCUUGAGCAAAGAAAGAUAAGGUUUUGCUGUGCACCGUGAUCAGGAUGUUGUGCUACACCGCCUUUGCCACUCUCUUUUUAUUUGGUGUUGUUUCUGCCCAGACAUCCCUUAGGAUUACAUCCUGCUUGACUAAAGACCAAAACCUGCAAAUGUCCUGCACCUUCACUCCAGCUACAGACCCCAAGCUCUCAAAAACAUGCUACUACAUGACCGACAAUAAAUUGAUUGGCAGUACCAAUGCCAGCAGCACACCAGACAGCAUGUACAGAAACCGUGCCAAUGUCACCAUUACUGAUAACAAGUGUGACCUGUAUUUGAAGGGUUUACCAGAUAGCAAACCUGCAAACUACACUUGCUUCAUCAGACAGACUGCCACACCGGUGUCAGUCAUACAAAUUGUGGACAAGAGUAAGCUUCAGGCCUGUUCAGCGUGGAGUGUUUUGCAGCACAGUGGAGUAGCGCUCCUGUUAGCCUUCCUCACUGUCCCACUGUUGUCAGAGCUUCUGUGAGCAUGAAUUGGAUAUCCUGAAAUAACUCUCCCAUAAAGCCAACUUAUCAAUUCUCUAUCUUGCAGAAGUUUCAUAAUUCUGAAAUCAGGGUCUUCAGACUGCUUUUAAUUUCAGUAUGUGUACACUGGUUCUGGUUGUGCUGAUGUCAGACACUGUUAUAUCAUGCAUGUCUCUUAACAUGUGCUGUUGUAAAUGUAAACCAAAUGCUUGGCAUUGUUUUAAUUAUAUUAUUCUGAAAUAAAAUUUUGUUGUACUCCAA